GCAUUCCGUCACGGGCGUUCAUGACCGGCGGACGUGUUGCGUUUCGCCGUUAGGCGUAUUUUCUCACCGAGAAAAUCGCGGCUCGUUUUUUCGCAAGGAAACGUACGUGUUCGGCGGCCAGUGAUGUGGAAAAUUCGACGGGACGAGAUCCGCGGCCGCAGGGUUCUAAAUCGCCGAUUUCUUUCCCUCGAAGUCGAUUUCCAGGAGUUUCAAUAACAAGAUAUGUUUCGGACACCAAAAUCCACAAUGCCUACAUCAACUGCAACAACAAUAACAAAGCGUUCCAAAGUGCAAAGCUGUCUCUACACAUCUUACGAAUGCAUGCAACCCUGCCUGGAGGGAUAUUCAUAUUGUGCAAAGCAUAUUCUCGAAGAUGCCAGUGCACCUUAUAAGCUGUGUGCUUUUGUGUAUAACACAAAUGGAAGGAAAUGUCAAAAUCCAGCACCAAAGUUAGAUAGGAGGGAUAUUUCAUACUGUGGUGAACAUUCUAGAAAAGCACAAAUUGCAAGGAUUAAAUCUGUGUCGCGACGUUCUUUGCCACAAACACCUGAAAUGUUACUACUUAAUUUAGGUCAUUAUACCAAAUCUGUUGAUUCUAGUGCCGAAAACACAGAAGAUGAAGGAGGAAGAAUCAGAGCCUUAGAUCCUUUCACUGAAGUUGAUGCUUACAGAGUAAAUGCGAGUGGAAGUGACAUCUUAGAUUAUGCCAGUUCGUCAGAGAGCGACGUUGAACCUACGGUCGUCAAUGAUACUCUGAGAGGGGUUUAUCUAGAUGAUAGCGACAAUGAAAGUUUACACAGCCCACAAGAGGAUCCUUUAAAUAUCAACUUUUUAAGGCAUGCCGGCAUUUUUACCGCGGAGGAGGUGAUUUAUAUUGCAAGGGAGAAAUUGAUUAGGCUCCAGUCACUUUACAUCGAUCAAUUUAGGAGACUGCAAUAUAUAUUGAAGGAGAAGAGGCGAAAAUAUCUGCUCGCUUUGAAGAAGGAAAAGGAAACGUUUUGCAGUAUACACGAUCAGACUAAGGAGACUGCGAAGGAGAAGAAGCUUUACGAAAAAUUGAAGGCUUUGAAUCGCUAUCACAGACGAAGUGGAGCUGAAGCAAUACUUUAUAGGAAAUCAUUGGAACGUCGUGCACAGGUAACUGAGCCAACUCAGAAGCCUCCAAAUAUGUCCAAAUGCGUAUUUACUGAAGGUGGUGUGAAAUGUGGCGAAAGAACUCUUCCGUCGGCUAAACAUUGUCGCAAGCAUAUUCUGAAGGAUCAACAUCAGGUUUUGUUCAAAGCAUGCGGAGCGAUUCGAGCGGACAUAGAGUGUCACGAACCUGUGCCUGUUAUCUUCGAUUCUAAUUGUGUCUUUCAUAUGAAUUUGCCGCCGUCAUGCAAACUUGAGCCUACAAAGUUUGAGGAAGAGAAGCCUAUGAUGCGGCAAGUUGACAACCAAUCGAUGGAGAUCGACGUGGUGGGCGAGGCGCAAGAAAUCGAUCCCGACGACGAUAUGGCGGGAUUGAUGAGAGAGAUGAACGACUCCGCUCAUGCAAAACCCUCCUCGUUCGCAAACGAGAGCUUGAACAGCGAGACCAGCACGGACACCGCGUUCAGUUUAUCGGCGCAGAUGAGCGAUCGGGAUGAUUUCGUUAACGUAUGAUAGAAUAUAUUUCUGUGAUCUUCAAAUUACGACGUCUUUGUUAUUCUCAUCGAGUUUUGUUCGACUGAUAAACAAAUAUAUCAAGGAUAUAAUUCGCUAUCCUUCCUGUCUAUGGACUACUGUGUGUGUGAUAGUGAUUUCAAAUAUGUGCAACGACGUACAUAAUUUAUUUAUUUCACGUGUAACCAUUUUAUAUCGAGUACUAUCAAUUGUUGAAAUAUUUAUAAACAAGCUGAGCAAAUUAGAAAGAAAUCAUAUAG